AAACUGGGGCUCAAAAAAAUUCAAAUUUCCUCAGAUUUGCCACUUUUAUUACAGUGAAUAGCGUAAGAUACGCGUUAUUCCAAAAUUUCCUCACGAAAUCGUUUUCCUUAUCUUAUAUAUAUAUAUAUACCAUUCUUCCAUUUUUCUUCUUUAACCAGACCCUCAAUUUUCUCCAUUCUCUUCCAAGAAAAUAAAAUUGAAAAUAAUACUCUGAGAGAGUCCCAUUGUCCGUCAUUGUUAACCAAAUAUGAGCUCCACCGACAAUAAGGUCCACCCAUUGGAAAAACCCUUCAAGAUCUUCGUGGGUUACGACGUACGCGAAGAUCUAGCCUACGAGGUCUGCCGACAUUCGAUCUUGAAGAGGUCUUCGAUCCCUGUCGAGAUCAUACCCAUCAAGCAAUCGGAUCUGAGGAAGAACGGUCUCUAUUGGCGCGAGAGAGGCAAAUUGGAGAGCACAGAGUUCUCCUUCUCUCGGUUCUUGACGCCAUGCUUGGCGAAUUUCGAAGGUUGGGCAAUGUUCGUCGACUGUGAUUUCCUCUACUUGGCAGAUAUUAAGGAACUCAGGGAUUUGAUUGAUGACAAAUAUGCUAUAAUGUGUGUUCAACAUGAUUAUGCUCCCAAAGAGACAACGAAAAUGGAUGGUGCUGUUCAAACAGUCUAUCCAAGGAAGAAUUGGUCUUCAAUGGUUUUGUAUAAUUGUGGGCAUCCGAAGAACAAGGUUUUGACUCCUGAGCUUGUGAAUACCCAAACGGGUGCUUUUUUGCAUAGGUUUCAGUGGCUUGAGGAUGAAGAAAUUGGAUCUGUGCCUUUUGUUUGGAAUUUCCUUGAGGGGCAUAACAGGGUUGUUGAUAAUGACCCUGCAACUUUUCCCAAAGCUAUCCAUUAUACUCGUGGAGGACCUUGGUUUGAGGCUUGGAAGAAUUGUGAGUUUGCUGAUUUGUGGUUGAAGGAAAAGGAUGAGUACCUGGAGGUUUCCAAGAAGAAGGGUGAGAAUUAGAGAAGAAUGAAUCAGGUGGAAUGUUGUUGCACUUUUAGUUUGAGAUUUAAUUGUUUUUACUAGCAAACUAUGCAGUAGUUUGAAAUUCAUUGUUCAUUGUUAAGCUACAGAUUUGUUAUUAGUAUUUCUUUUUAUUAUUAUUAUUUUUUUCUAAGAAAAUACUUGAUGUAACUAUGCUGUGACUGAGAGAGAGAUAUCUCUUUGCAGAUUGUUGUAGUUAACUAUUAGGUGUUGAAGUCUUAUCUAUGCAUGUUAUAUGUAAUUUGUCAUUGUUCAUUUGUUCAAUGAAUUUGAUCUUUAGCUUUC